AUGGCUAGAAUACGCAAUGUAGUGCUCGUGAGAGGUUGCUCCGAAGGAGGCAUAGGGUUUUGGUUAUGCAACGAGUACGCGGCCAAGGGCGGCCAAGUCUACGCCACUGCGCGGCGAACAGAGGCCAUGGCCGGUUUGACGGACGCAAACGUCGAACGGCUCCGCAUGGACGCAGUUGGGGUGGACACGAACAUCAUCGUGAACAUGGGCGUGCACUUCAGCGUGCCCCUGACCACGCUCUACACGGACUACGAGGGCAUGAUCACAGGCGACUUCGAUACGGCGCGAUGGCAAAGGCGCCGCGCCCGGAGGACUUAA